AUGACAAGAUUCACUGGCGAUGCCGAAUAUGAUGUCGGCCAAACGUCUCGGUGUCACGACUAUUAUAGCAGAGGACUUUGGAGAAAGCUCGUCAAACUAGGUCGAAAACGAGAUCAAACCAUUUCUAUACAUCGAAAGGAGACGGCGACCAAAACUGGCAACAUCAUCUUGCUACUUAUUUGCUCCGACUUCAUGGCUCGUGGCAUCGACGUGGAGGACGUGGAUUGUGUGGUCUGCUAUGACCUACCUUCCUCAAUAAAGGCUUACGUUCACAGAAUCGGGCGCACUGCCAGGGCCGGAAAGCCUGGCGUCUCGUUCACUCUGCUCUCUCCUGUCCAGGUACCUUUUACUUGCUCCCUCGAUACUUUCUGA